AUGCAGAGGCCGUCGUUGAUGGACUUCGUGGGAGGACAUUGCAAGCGUGGCUGGCAUCGGACUGACCUUACCGACCUUUCCUGACAGGCGGGUGGUCUCGUCGACCAAGGCGUACACGACCAUGGCGCCGGCAUCCUUGGAUUCGAUGCCGAAUGAGGCCGCGUCAAACACAUCUCCCGUCCGAGCAGUAUCACGGUUGAGUCCUGGCUCCGCACCCCGUGCGCGAACACGCUCCCCAUUUCUGUGGUCUGCAUCAUGGUGGUGUUGCAUAUGCCAUGAUCGACGUGCCCCGUGGCCCAUGGCAUUGGAGUGCACCGACAGAGUCGUGAACGCCGCGAUGUUUUUGGAUGCGGCCAUGCCGACAUUGAUGCUUCCAUCAGACCUGGCUGUGAUGGCGAAGGAUCGGGCCGCGAAGAGCGAGGCUUUAUCGGACAUCGCGGCGUUGACUACAACCAGUCGGAUGAACCCGGCCCCCGUAGUGAUUCCAACUCGACCUGUCGCGAUGUGACGUCGGCAGCUUGAAUUUAUGUCCCUGGCCAUGGAGAUUUGAUUGGAUUCAUUUGGUUUGAUCCACAGAGAGACGCCAUCUUGAAGCGGUAGUCGAAGGGACUGGAGACUAUGUGUGAGAAUGUCCAAGAUGGAAGCUCCGUUCAAUGCCCUGGAGGGAUCGAAUGCAAUUGUUGAGCACAUCGAUUGUGGUGUGCCUGGAAUGACGCUUCCAUGCAAUGUAUCCAAACCAGUCGACGUGGACGGCCUUCAGCACGAUAGACGGCUCGGAAUCGAUCGGGUCGACGUGAUGGCGGCCACCCGUGCGGCGUAGCACAAGGCCAUGGCGGUUGGUCAACAACACGAUGCAGCUCUUUUUCCCCAACUACUUGCUGGCAUCGUGCAG